UUGGACAACAUGUUUUAUUUUGCGAUUUUCUUUACGCUGCUCACCGUACUGGUGGUUCGAUUCAUCAACGAACGCAGGAAGUUAUGGAAAUUCGCCAGACACUUUCCGGGUCCGAAACCAUUCUCCCUGCUAGGAAAUCUAUUGGAGUUUCAAACGGAUAUACCGGGUAUCUUCAAGCGGAUGGUGGAAUCACAUACCGAAAAUGGACCCGACAUUGUUACGUGGGGACUCGGAAACGACAUUAUGCUCAAUUUAAGCAGUGUCCAAAGUGUGGAGAAGGUCCUGAUGGCGAAGGUUACGCAAAAAUCUGUCAUUUAUGAUUACAUAGAACCGUGGCUUGGUAAAGGUUUACUAAUCUCUUCGGGGGAGAAGUGGUUUCAUCGACGGAAAAUCAUCACCCCAACUUUUCACUUCAAGAUUUUGGAAGGUUUCGCUGAGAUUUUCAAUAAGGAAGCUGAUUUAUUGAUGCAGAAAUUGAAACGACACGAUGGAGCGGAGCAGUUUGACAUCUACGACUAUGUUUCAUUGUAUGCGUUGGAUAGCAUUUGUGAGACUUCGAUGGGAGUACAGAUCAAUGCGCAACAGGAUCCCACCAAUCAGUAUGUGUGUGAUGUAAAGCGAAUGAGCGAGUUGAUUCUACUGCGUGUGUUCAGUCCACUUAGUACGUUUACAAACAUUUAUUGGUACUUAGUUCCAAACGCCUGGGAACAACGAAAAUUGAUAAAUCGAUUGCAUCAGUUUACCGAUUCGGUAAUUCAUCAACGUCGUGAGCAGCUGAAAAACAAUAAACAGCUUGGUUCAAUCAAGUUCGAUCUGGACGAAGCCGAUAUGUAUUCGAAGCGGAAGCAAACCUUUUUGGACCUUUUGCUAAAUGUGACCGUAGAUGGUAAGCCGCUGUCGAAUUUGGAUAUACGGGAAGAGGUGGACACAUUCAUGUUCGAAGGUCACGACACAACCACCUCCGGAAUAUCGUUCACCGUCCUACAGCUGGCCAAACAUCAAGACAUUCAGCAAAAAGUUUAUGAUGAGAUACAGUCUACUUUAGGAAAGGACGACUGUAAAACAGCCACACUGACGUACAACAAUCUACAGGACUUCAAAUACCUGGAUAUGGUGAUAAAAGAAUCACUUCGAUUGCUCCCGCCAGUGUCGUUCAUCGGGCGCAAACUAGUCGAAGACACGGAAAUCAAUGGCGUCGUCGUACCGAGCGGAGUUGACGUGACGAUUCCGAUCUACGUUAUCCACCGGAAUCCCAAAGUCUACCCGGAUCCGGAGCGGUUCGAUCCGGAACGAUUUGCCAAAAAUGCAGAGAAUCAACGCGGCCCGUACGAUUAUAUUCCGUUCAGUGUAGGAUCCCGAAAUUGUAUUGGGCAGCGAUACGCCUUGAUGGAAUUAAAGGUGACCAUCAUCAAAUUGCUAGCAAACUACCGUGUCCUGCCGGGGGAAACGAUUGCCAAUAUUAGAUUCAAGACUGAUUUGGUUCUCAGACCGGCCGAAGGCAUACCGAUCAAAAUUGUAUCGAGAAAUUCAUAAUUAGUAUAUAAAGUAGUUUUAUAAUGAUUUUGAACAAUUUCGAUUAUUUUCUUUCGAUUACUUGAAUUAUUUGACACUUAAUGAAUC